AUGAAAGAAACGGCGUCAUCUGGGCGCUUUAAGGUAUAUUGGCGUCUUCUAUCUCUCUUCGGACUCGUGGUUGUCGUCGGCAUUUACUCUUACCCCAACUGGUUCAGCGCCAUUCCGACGAUUGAAGCUCGCCCCAGUGUCGCCCACGACGUAAAAGAAGAUGUUACAACAGUCCAGCCAGUCACGCAAUAUAUGAGCACUUUAGUGCCGCUGGGGAGUGAUGACAAUGGUGAUGAAAGUAAUGUUGAAAUGAGUGCUUCUUAUGCAAGGAUUGUAGCUGCCUAUGGCCGUAGUACCCCCAGCAACCAUUCCUGCCCUCAUCCAUCAGCGUUUCACUCCUGGCGGAAACGUUUUAUGUCACCAAUGGGACCACCUCUCAAGAAAGACUGCAACAAACUGAGACAGAAUCCAGCACAAGAAGUAAAGAGUUCUAACUUGAGUCUGCAGCUUAGGGCAUGGAGAAAAAUUACUCCAUGGGUACCAUUUGCCCAAAAUUACAAGAAGAUGAGUUGUGAUGAAAUCAGAAAUGACUUUCAUAACAAUUUUUAUGUGUCAGAAGUCGAAAAAGAUUUCCCUAUUGCUUACAUCCUUGUGGUAUACAAAGCAGCAGGCCAAAUACUGCGACUGCUCAAGGCUAUUUAUGAACCACACAACUUGUAUUGUAUACAUCCAGAUGCCCGGCAAGGCAAGGAUUUCAAGGUUUUUUUGGACAACAUUGCAAAUUGCCUGGACAACGUGUUUGUGGUGUCCAAGCCAAUAGAGGUGUACUAUGGCCAUAUUUCAAUCACUGAUGCCCAGCUAAACUGCAUGCAAGACCUUGAGAAAUACCCUCGGUCCAGAUGGAAGUACGCCAUUAAUCUCUGUGGGAGGGAGAUUCCACUAAAAACUAACAGAGAGAUCGUCAAGUCCCUACACAAACUGAAGGGGUACUCAGCCGUCAACGCAUAUCCAAUACCUGAAGGUCAUAAGCGGCAUCGUUUCACUUACAAGUUUCACCUCGAUGCCCAUGGAAAUAUGCACAAAACUCAGCAUAGACAAGCCACACCUCCCAGCGGUAUCAAACUCCAAAAAAGUUUGAAUUUUAUUGCUGCAAGUCGAGAUUUCAUACAGUUCAUACUUCAUGCUCCCAUCUCUACUGGCCUUCAUGGCUAUCUUACCACCGUGCUCGACCCAGAGGAACACUUUUACUCUUCACUCUACGUUUUACCUCAGGCAAUGGGUGCUAGACCACCAACAGAACUACUGAAUAAGUCUGACAUCCCAAUAGUAGACUCCGUCAUAUGGGUCUUUAAUCCGUCAGAACAGGUACGUAAUAAGAUCUGCCCUGGAAAAACACAAGUCCACGGCAUUUGUAUUCUGUCAGCCAUGGAGAUGCAGAAAAUACAUAAUGUUGCAGUCAAUUUGGAAAAGGUGUUCUUCUUUUUCAACAAGUAUUAUCUGGAGUUGGACCCCACACCGAUGGACUGUAUGGAGGAGGCACUCUUAGUGGCUAACAUGAAUGAGUACAUAAAAGACUGCCUGCCCAACUUUGGCAAAGACAUGCUAACAUCUUUUGAUUGA